UCUAUAAGAUUAGGACAUUCGUCCAAGGUCCUGUGAGCUAUCUAAGGUCAUUAACCACUUCUGAAGCAAACAAUAGUUUGACAAGUUGAAACACUCCUCCUGUUUUCGAACAUUUUGUCACAAGUGGCUUAGUGGACAUUUUAUUUGCUGCAAUGAUCAGAAACAGGUCUUCUGCCUGCUUGGUAAUUCUGCUGCUGAGCUUGUCUGAAACGGCUCACAGUGGCAACAUACUGGUUCUUCCUGGUGAAUACAGUCACUGGCGCAACAUGCAUGUCAUUGUUGAGGAGCUCAUGGACCGGAAUCACAGCGUGACCGUUCUGACACACUCUGCCUCACCUACACUGAAACAUAGCCAAAAGGACAGGUUCAACUUCAUGUCUUUUCAAAUCGACAUGGAACAACAGGAGGCAGACAACUUUUGGCAGAGCUUUAUCAGUGUGUGGAUGGAUGAAAACACUACCAGCUUUCAAAAGCUGAUCUUGUUUUGGAACAUGAUGUCCAGGAUGUCUCAUUAUACACAGGCUGUGUGCAAUGGAAUGCUUGGUAACAGAGAUCUUGUGACUUUGCUGAAGGAGUCGCAUUUCGAUGUGCUCCUGUAUGACCCUAUGAUGCCAUGUGCUGACAUGAUGGCCGAAGCUCUCGAGCUGCCCAGUGUGAUGUCUCUCCGAGUCUCUUUUGCAUAUAAUCUGGAGCGACUCUGUGGGCAGAUGCCCGCUCCACCAUCUUAUGUACCUGCAGCUGCCGCUCAGGGGCAUCUCACUGAUCACAUGGACUUUACAGAGCGAUUAGAGAACAUGCUACUAUACAUCAUACACACAUCGAUGAUGAUACUUCAGCAAAAGUUAAGCUUUGAUAGAUAUUUCAGCGAAUUAACUGGCAAACCCACAACACUAUGUGAGACUAUGGGCAAAGCUGACAUCUGGUUAAUCCGAACUUAUUGGGACUUUGAAUAUCCACGGCCGCUCCUCCCAAACUUCAAAUUUGUUGGUGGAUUACACUGCAAACCUGCAAAACCUCUACCAAAAGAGAUGGAGGAUUUUGUCCAGAGCUCAGGAGAUGAUGGGAUUGUAGUGUUUUCACUAGGCUCCAUGAUAAAAAACAUCACCAAAGAGAGAGCGAACACCAUCGCUUCAGCACUCGGACAGAUUCCCCAAAAGGUCUUGUGGCGAUACACUGGCGAGAAACCAGAAACUCUUGCUCCUAAUACAAGAGUCUAUGACUGGAUUCCUCAGAAUGAUUUACUAGGACAUCCUAAAACCAAGGCUUUCAUCACCCAUGGAGGGACUAAUGGAAUAUAUGAAGGUAUUUAUCAUGGAGUUCCCAUGGUGGGUCUGCCACUGUUUGCUGAUCAGCCUGAUAAUCUCAAUCACAUAAAAACCAAAGGAGCUGCUGUGAUGCUUGACUUCAACAAAAUGGAUUCCAAGGACUUGAAGCAGGCUGUCAAUGACGUCAUUAACAAUCCAUCCUACAAGGAGAGCAUGAUGAGACUAUCUCGAAUCCAUCAUGACCAACCGAUGAAGCCGCUAGACCAGGCUGUAUACUGGAUCGAGUUUGUGAUGCGCCAUAACGGGGCCAAGCACCUGAGAGUCGAAGCCCAUAACCUCACGUGGUAUCAGUACCACUGCUUGGACGUUGCUGCCUUCCUACUUUCUGUAAUUGCACUAGUUGUGUUCAUCUUUGUGAAAACGUGCAGAUGGCUCUUCCGGAAAUGUUGCAGAAAGACACCAGCAAAGAGCAAGAAAGAGUGAACCAUGUGUAGAUAAGCGUUUUUUUCCUGUUUAUACAGUACAGUAAUUAUGUUCAGGUUUACUUUGAAAUGAUUCCAACACUACUGAGAACAAAGCAAUCAUUUAGCUUUAUUGCUGGAAAUGUAAACUUGUCUGCUCUUUUUUUAAUCAUUCAGAAAGAAUUGAUCAAAUUAGGAGCUGUGUUCUUUUCAUCAUCUCAGCUGGAGCUGUGAGGUGAAGAGCAGAGCACAAGCCUUUAAAUGUCACAUAUACUGUACAACACAGUAAAACAUUUUUCUUUGCAUAUCCCAGCUUGCCAGUAAGAUGUGGUCAGAGCAUAGGGUCAGAGAGGUUUAAUGGACUCAUUUAAAGGCGCAUGAUUGGUAGCUUGAAGGUGUUAGGCCAGGGGUCUCCAACAGGUCACUUGCGGGCAACCCACUUCUAAGUAGCUCGCCUAAAGUUUCAUAGAAUAUGUACAAACCCAAUAAAAUCAAAUGAACUCAAUAAACCUGUUUGAAUUUCAUCCUAAUCAAACUCACAGACGUCCUGCCACUUUCCGGUGUUGUACCGAAGUCUGGCUAAUCAUGCUCCUCCGCACGUGCACACACAUCACACCACACAGUUUAAUACAACCGUUCAUCAAUGGAUUUCACACACAGCUAGCACCAAGACCAUACAUAAACUUAAAUUCAUGAGCACAAACUGAAGAAGUUUGGAUAAUUGAUAAAGAAAACACAUGGCAGAUCCAUUCAACCUGGAAGCUAUUGGAGAUUCGACAACGUUAGAAAUAAAGCUACGAUCCUGACAAAGGAAAAGCGGUGAAUGAAUCUAUCCUGCUUCACGAAUAUACAGGACGAGUGAGCUGUAGACAUUUCUUAUUCGUUUUAAAGUAAUAUUUCCCAUUGCACAUGCAUAUGAAUGGCAUAAAAACACUAUUAUUCAAUCACAUAAAGUCCUGGACCACUUCAGGUCUCUGUUUUCAAAAUUACUAUUACCUUCAGUAUUGAAGGUGUUUAAUUUUUUAUUUUUUACGAAAAGAGUCUUUUUCAGUCUUGCUGAGGCCAUCAGGGUGAUGUGCCAUGGGACUUGUAAGUAAAGAUUCGCUGAUAAAUAACAGAAAGCAUGUGACUGAACGAAAUCAGACAAUAAUAACUGACAAAUCUAGUCAGCAAACCCGUUUUGAUGAACUCAACUCGACAAUAAACAUACUGCUUAUGUGAAUUUAUUGCAAAAUAUGACUGAUAUUGACCUUUGGUUUAAAGUUCACACAAAAAAAUAGCUUCUUCAACUGGUUUGGUUUAUGGCAAUAAGCUGUGUAAAUGAAUGUUACUAACAAUAUGACAUGAGAAGUUUUCGGGCACCUUCAUUUUGUCAAAGUAGCUCUUAGAAGGAAAAAAAACUUUGGAGACUCCUGUGUUAGAGUUCGAAUCCCCAACCUUCUUAUCAGUAACCCAGAGUCUUAACCGUUGAUGAGGUUGUCCACUGUACCACUGUGUCAGAUUUGAGGGUGUGAAUGAGUAAGUAGAGUUACCACAGUCCUGUCUGAGAUUUAUACCAGUUAUCCAUGUUGUCAGUGAGGACCUUUGUUACUGCCACAUCAGCAAAUCAGAGCCAUCUUCCACUUCCACCAACUGUUUUCUGAAAGAUCGCCU